AUGUACAGCGAGUUCACUAGGAUUCAGCCAUUGAAUGAAGCCAAUAAGAAUAGGAAAAUAAUUAUAAAACAUUUGAUUUCUAUCGUCACAGGAAACAAGGCGAGCUAUUUUCACGCCAACAUCAGGGAGGACAUCCCAAGAAAGAGAGUUAUUGCAAAUCAUGCAAUUUCAUUACUUUAUCUAGUAGAAGACAAGAGGCAAAAAGGAGUAGUUCUUGAACGAUGGGAUGGAAUCGACGGUUAUUUGACCCGGAAACUUCUGGAAGAUCCUCGUUUUCCCACAAUGCCAACAUAUCGUUCUUACACAACAACAUUCAGCGAGCCAGUCAACUGGGGAGACAAUUAUGGAUCACGAAUCAGAGGUUACUUCGUACCACAACAGAGUGGACCUCAUGUUUUCUUUAUAGAGAGCGACAACGAAGGCCAACUUUUCCUCAGUACAACAGACAACCCAGAUCAGAAAAUAUUGAUAUGUCGAGUUGGCAAAGAUCACGAGUCGCUUCCUUUGCAAUUUACAAAGUAUCCUGAGCAAGAAUCUUACCCAAUAAACCUAAAAAAGGACUCCUAUUACUACAUUGAAGCUCUUCAUAAAGAACAAUAUGGCAACGACUCCUUAGCGGCAGCUGUAAAAACGCCUGAUAAUAAAUUUUAUGCGCCAAUACCUUCUGAUUUUUUGUGGACAAUGGCACCUCCUAAACCUCAAGCAAACGAAACUGCUUCUUCGUUUUACCUUAUGAAGAUAGCAGCUAAAGCUGGAGCUAAGGCGGGUGCAUCCCUAGGUAUAAAUGAAGCACAAAAGAGUGGUGCGAGGGCGGGUGCUAUGGCAGGUGCUGCAGCGGGCCAGAAGGCUGGAGCUGAGGCUGGAGCUGAAGCAGCAGCUAGGGCAGCAACUGAAGUAGCCACAAAAACACUGAAAGAAGCCCUGGCAAAGCUAGGCACAUUUAACAAACCGACGUUUAACAUAUAUGCAGGAAAUGGAAGUGUUAUACCAAUGCAGCCAGGAGUCACGUCUCAAACUGGGGGACAAGUAGUUACAUCUGGGACCAAUGCAACGGGCACCAACUUGACGAGCACAAGUGGCGUGGAAGGAGGUCAAACUGGUCAAACUGGUCAAAUAGGUCAAACGGGUCUGAUAGGAGGACAGGCUUCCAUUAAUAUAUCAACUCAAGUUCAAGGUGGGGUGUACGGAGCACCGGGUGAAGCAGCUCAUCCAGGGAUUUACAACGGGGCAUUUGUAUACAACCGGGCAGUUCCCUACUACAUUCCACCAACUCAGUACAAUGCUCAUAUCGUAGCCAGACAUAGGGAGUUUCUGGACUCGCGAGGACUCUCAAGAAUUCGUAAGUAGACAGGCAUAUGUAUUUAUAUAUAUAUCUAGGAAUACCUGAAGUCGUCUCCUAUCGUGAGAGAGUAAAUGGACUUUCGAGGUUAAAAAGGUGCUUUCAGAUGUAUCUCUUGUCUUUCUAUUUCUUAUACUGCCUAACCGCUCGCAUCAUGUUACCAAAAGAGCGACCAUUGACCGCCAAACCCACGCUUAAAUUUUAUAACGCAAGCAAUCACAGGAUCCUUAAAUAACUUGAGUGUUUAAAGGGGGGUGUUUUCAGUCGCUGUACAAACGUCUCACCAUUUGAACAACUUUUCUUUCCUCGAUAGUUGUUAAUGGUGCACUGUACGUGGUGUACUCUUUUGAUGUUCCUGCUAGUCAGAAUCCUACGUAUAAUCUCUGUUGGCGAAUCACCAAUGGGAGACUAGAGCUGUCUCAGAAUUGUCAGGUGCGUACAUUGUAAGGCUGUGUCAACUGAUUGAAUCCAGCUAAGGAUCGCGUGGAGAGUUAAGGUUUUUCGAUUUUGAAGUCCUAUUGAUGAAAUGUUUCAUCAUUAAAAAGUUGAUUUACGUAUUUUAAGAUAGACGACGUUUUGAUCCUCUCACUAAACCAGACAAUUAGACAGGGAGACCAGUCUGUCUCGAUGAGCUUAAGACCUGCUGCGCAAGUUGUCAAUGACCAUCAAUGGCAAUCAGUGAAAAACAGUUUGGACAGUUAACAUUGAUAGAUUAGAAACUUCAAUUCAAUCGCUGGCCAGGUUUGGAAUUGCAAUGCUAAGGAAUGCACAAUAUACUCCAUACUUUAUAGCAAAGAUCUCCACUGGAAUAUUAAGCCUCUCAGAAUAAAUGAUAAGAGUACAUUAUAUCAGAAUUGUGUAAAAGCUGAACAUAUAAAAAGCCAACCCGAGAUUAAAUUCAAUACCAAUAAUUCAAAUUUUUUUAUAAGUGCAAAUUUCUCGUCGUGGUCGGAGAUUCGAAGUCAGCU